AUGGAGCUCAAGGACAUGCCAAUCGAGAUGAUCGACACGAUCAUCCGCCAUCUCUUUGAACACGACGAUCAGUGGGAUGCACCCGGCGGCGAAAACUGCAUCUACAUUGCCGAUGCUCGCCUCGUGUGCCGCCAGUGGAACUCCCUGGCCUCGCGGCACCUCUUCCACGCUCUGCAUCUACGCCAUGAGCCCAAAUGGCUCGAGAGGUGGAAUGAACUGAUGGACAUGGACGUUGUCAAGCAGUGUACCAAAAGAGUGCACAUCGACAGCUCUCCCGUCCCGUUCAAGACACGCAAUGAGUUCUGGGUCAUCUACCAGAAACAGGGAGUGUAUCCCGCCUAUACAGAUGCACUCACUCGCAUCAUUGACCUCAAGAAUCUCACGGCCGUUUCAUUCCACUACACCAAGACGUGCCGAACUCACGAGGACUUGUACUACGAGGAAGAUGUUGAGACCGAAUCGACACGCAUCCUCAACCUCUUCCACUUCUUCCACGUGCUCAAGCGGCGUAUGGUCGAAUCACCCAACGCCAGUCCAAUCCGCUCGCUCACCAUUGAGAAUCUUCAGAACCUGAUCCUUCCCGACUUGACCUCCACUGACGCGUUCCAAUCGGUCAUGCGAGAGCUCACCAGCCUGCACCUCGUGGUGGGCGAGGAGCGCAACUCCCUGGACAGCGAGAUGAUGCUCGACCUCCAUCGUCCCGAGCGCCUGGGCUUCGAGCCACAUCUACGGAAUCACUGGAUAGCGCCCAUUGCAGGCCAGCUCACCUCCCUCACUCUCAUGUUCCAGGUGUGCUGGGGAGUUAUGCCGGCCAUCUUCGACACCAGCGACCUCUACUUCCCCCACCUGCGCGUCCUUCAUCUGGGCGCAUACGGGAUUGCGUACCCCAACCAGUUCGAUUGGGUAUUGAGGAACAAGGGCAUUCAAACCCUGCGCUUGGACCGGUGUUUUAUCGGCUCAUACUUUCGCUUCAACAACAAGUUGAGGCAGCAGUGGGGGAUCGACAAUACCGGUUGGGUGCAGUUGCCCAAGGGAUCGUUUGGAUUCGGCGACGACGACGACGAUGAAGUCUUCACUUUCAACGGAACAUGGGAAGACGUGUUCAAUUCGAUCCGGGAGGAGCUGCCCGCCCUGACGGAUUUCCGGUUUGACUACAUGUACAUACCGGAAAAUGAGGACUACGAGACAUUCCUGCGCAGGCCCGACCUGAUGAAGAACGACAAGCCCCAUGCUGCCCGAUACAGCGCGUUCGACACGGGCUGGUGCGACGGCUGGAUCGCCAACCAGGGACCGAUGGAAUUUGGUGACAAUAAUCCAUCACCGUCAGCACCUGGGCCACGGCCUCGGUAUUACAACGUGGUGCACAAGCUGAGCCGCGAAAAGGAAACCUAUGAGGAGGACCUCCGGGGGCUCGAGGCCCUCGUCGCGGAGACCCGGAAAAGACUGUACUUGCUGGAGUAG